AUGAAUGCAUCUCUGAAAAGUGUAUUCAUCUGCUUCAGCGUGACCGUUCUCUUGUGUCUUUUCAACGAAUGCAAAUCUACUGAAACACAGACGCUAUGUGAGCCCUUUAAACGCUUCGAAAUAUGUGCGAAUAAAGCCAGAAGUGAUAUUCUUAAUCCAACUGCCGAUCCCGAAUUCGAUUUGUCCUCAAUGCAACAUGCUGCAAAUAUGAAUAUCGCUGAUUUCCAGCGAGAAUGCAUAAAAAACAAAGUUUGCAUGGUGAAAACACACUUGUGUUACCUUAGUGAACAACUGCAACCUGAGUAUAAUCAUUGUUACAAUAAAGAGGAAUUGCAGGCGCUAUGGACUGCGCACGGUUAUUUGAUAAGCGUGAGACACACACCAACGGAAUUCGAUAUGGAGAAAUUUAUCACUUCGGCUUAA